GCUCCUCCCCCCCACCCCCCCCCCCCCCGUGUUGCGGUUGUUGUCGUCGUUGGGUGCCUGCAUGAGUGAAAGAGGUGUGAGCAUGUGUGCCGACUUGAAAGGAAGAGUGAGGAUGCGUGGUGGGCAGAUGUAGUGAGUGUGUUGUUGUCGUGAGAGUCGUGUUGUACUUGCAGCGUUUCUCUGUGGACGACGGCCGGACCGGCUCGAUCAGCCUGCUGCCGGGAUGUCUUCUUCUGGGGGUUCAACGGACGGGAGCCAGAGAAACUCUCUGGAGCUGGACGGGGGGGCGCAGGGCCAGCGGGGGCCCCCUGCGGAGCCGCCCGGCGUGGGGGGCCAGGUGAAGCUGAAGAGGUACAACCUGGAGGACAACUUCCACCACGACAUGGAGCAGUACCUCUCCACGGGGUACCUGCAGAUCGCCGAGAGGAGAGCGCCGAUAGGCAGCAUGUCGUCCAUGGAGGUGAACGUGGACAUGCUGGAGCAGAUGGACCUCAUGGACAUGUCUGACCACGAGGCCAUGGACGUGUUCCUGCACACCGGCGGGGACGACAACAGCGCCGCCUCCCCUGUCACAGGCCCUGACAUGGAGCCCUACACCACAGAGAUCAGCCUGAAGGUGCCAACACAGGCGGAGCUACGUCACAAGCUCUCCUCCCUCUCCCCCACCUGCACCGACAGCCAGGACACCGAUGGAGGAGAGGAGGAGGACGACGGAGAGGCGGAGGAGCAGGGGGGAGGUGGAGGACACAGCGGGAGGAGCAGUGGCAGUAGUAGUAGGAGGAGGAGGCCCAAGGAGGCGGGGGGGCAGGGGAGAGCCAGUAAGGAGCCGGUGGGGGCUCCUCUUGGGAAGAACUGAAGAGGAAGGUGGAGCUCAAGACUCUUUUGGGUGGAGUAGAGAGAGAUUCUUUGCUUCCCAGAUCAGAACAGUGGGGAGGACCUCUGCCGAUAACCCCCAGGACUUGAUCCAGUCCACAGCAACGGAACCGCCCGGAACCAUAAUUAAUUUACAUGCCUGUGGUGUUGGCCAUUACCGUCUCAAACUUCUCUUUUGCGGAGAAAUGUUGAUUUGUGCGUGUGACUGCAGCAUCCUCCAUUCUCCGCCAUAUCUCUGGACUUCUUUACGCUGAAUCGCUUUCUUGAUGGUAAUAAACUCUUCAUCCCACCGGGACGGAUUGCGGGAAAAUACAGCGCUGGGCAGGGGAAUUGAACCGGUGUCCCCGUCUCUGUGCGCUCAUCGGUCCGAUUUAUAGGCCUAUUGUGCGACACGGAAGUGAUAUUUACAGCAUAGUAAAUUGUCUUUUUUAUCCCCUAUUGGAGAACCGUAAUGCUUUAACGGUGUGUGUUUGGGUUGAGCAUUUAUAUUGAAUGACCUUUGUGAUUGCACAAACUAAUGCAAUUUCAGAGUCGACGGAGCGGCUAAAUGCCACAUUGAGCUCAGAUGCCCGGUGGAGAACGAGGCAUGGUGGAUUAAAUAAAGUAAUUAUGAAAAUAAUUAGGAUGGCGACUUUGGUUCCAACGUUAACAUUCCAGACGUUUCAAUAAAUCAAUCUUUGCAGUCAUAUGAAUACACUGUUGGCGAUAUGUUGAUGAGCUGUUUUAAAAACCUUCAGUCCAAGUCAGGAGGCUACUAAUUCUACUAUUUUUGAUAUGGUUGGUGAGCUUUUCUUUUUGCCCCGUUUGUGAUAUCGUGUGAUUGUCCAAUUGAAAUGUGGUUAAACCCAUAACUGGUUAUUGAUUCAUGUUCAUGUAACAAUAAUUCACCCGCCCAUACAGACUCUCCCUUUAAAUGGCGUUUGUCUUAAUAAACUCCUGUG